AGCUCACACAUUGUUUCACUGCAGAGUAGGCAGGCUGGAUAUAAACUCCAUGCUGAUAAUAACUGGGAUCCAUACUGAUCAUUUGGAUAUUUGGAUAUGAAGUUACCACCUGACUGACUCACUUUUACUUUUUCAGUGCUGACUGACUGCUCAUCAGAUAUUUUUGGGUGAUACUGACUGACUGGAUCUUACAGGCUGUUUUAAUGCUGACUUGCUGAUUACAGAGCAACAGCUUCUGGACAAACUGUUUUUAGGCUGGCAAGAUGUUGACCGUCUCUGUGCUCCUGUUGCCGUUGCUCCUCUCCUCUCCUCCUGUCUCCUCGUCUCCUCUGGCUAAGGAUCAGUCGGUGUGUGCCAGGACUUUCUGUGGUGCAGGUCGAGAGUGUGUAUCAACGGACAGAGGAGAACCAGUCUGUCGCUGUUUACAGCGGUGUGAUGUGACAGAGCACUGGGUGUGUGGCAGUAACGGCAGAUCGUACAGAAAUCACUGUGAGCUGCACAGAGACGCCUGCAUCACCCAGACAAAAAUACAUGUGGAGCACAGAGGACACUGUCUGGAGAAACCUACAAAGACAGAUGUGAGCCCCAUCGUGUGUUUCCUGUCUGAUCGUGAUUGGCUGAGAGAGAGAGUGAUCCAGUGGCUUCAGGAGGAGGUGGAAUCUGCCUCAAAUGUGUCCUCAGCCAAUGACCUCCUGCAAACGUACUUCAAGACGUAUGACAAUGGGGAUUCAGAGCUUGAUUCCAAAGAGUUCCUGAGCUUCCUGAAACAUAAUGAGACGGCCCUCAAUCUCACAUACUCUAAUACUUUGGAGACAAACUUGCUACUGAGGUCUCUGUGUGUUGAUGCUUUGAUAGAGCUGUCGGAUGAAAACGCCGACUGGAAACUGAGUUUAACUGAGUUCAUCAACUGUCUGACAUCCACCUACCAUCCAUAUGAGAGAAAGUGUGCUCUGGAAGACGAAGUGCUCGAGGACGGAGCUGAAACUCAGAUGGAGUGUAACAAGUGUGUGUGCGCCUGUGGAAACUGGGUCUGCACUGCACUGACCUGCACUGGGGAGCACCAGGUAGAGGAGAAUGAUAAGGAAGGAGCAGAAGAAGAAGAAAUGACAGAAGAGGAGUGGAGCAGGAGAGUGGCUGAACUCAAUGCUUUAUAGGGGACCUGAGGCCACACCCACUGCACCUGUACCAGCCAAUCAGCAGCCGAGUCUUCUUGAACUCCAGAUAAGAUGAACACAUCAUAGCCUCAGUUUUUUAUCGUCACAAACGGUUUCUGUUUUUAGUGUCAAGCUAAUACAGAUAAUGUUUUGAUAGUUUCACAUAUGAGUCAUCAUGGACCAUUAGCUUUCUAUAUUUUCAUGGAUCUGUGGAUCUUUGUUGUUUUACAUAUUCAAAGAUUGUUUGGCAUCUCACUGUUUUCUGUACAUGUGUAAUACUGGCCGUUUUUAGUUCAACUUGUCUAAACCUUGAAUUUUGUCACUAUUUACCAACAAAUAUUUAAGAUUUAAGUCACUAUAAAUCAGCAAAGAAAAUUCCAAAAACUGAUCAUUGGUUGAGUUUGUCAAAACAGUUUGUAUAGGCUUGUCAAACACUCAGGGGGUUGAUUCAGGGUUAAUUGUUUUAUUGUUAAUGAACUUUUGUGUAUUCAGAAGUUAAUGCUGUUUUUUAAUACACUUGUUGCUCUAAUAAAUGCUUUUAUUGUAUCACAA